AUGGUGAACAACUGGAUGAAUAAACUCGAGGCUGAUAUGAAAUCAAUGGCCUUCUUCCAUCAAGUCAAAGGUUUCUAUGUGUUAGCUUCGCGACAUCCAAACAGUACAAUUUUCCACAAGGGCGGGUCACCCCUUGGUCAGGCCUUUCUCGAGAUGAUUGCAACAUCACAAGAUGCUGCUGGGCACUUUCACACCUGGGUUGCCGCACAAGCAAUCCAAAUUGCAAAUGGUGUUAGGGUGGUUCAAUUUCCAAAAACGACAAACGCUAUCGACUCAGUGGCGGCUUUGAAUGAUGCAAGCCAACCAAAAGAUUUUGGUAUGUUUGCCAAUUUUGAAUUCCCCUUCUGA